UGGUUACACACAUUUAUGCUCAAACACCAUACAAGUGAAUUUUAUUUAAUAGGCCCCUUUAAAUUCCAGGAGGAGCUCAACACAGCACUGAAGUCCUUUCAAGAAAAACUUCAACACAAAGAAAGCAUUAAAGGACAGUUUGAAAAAACAGUUCAACACAUCACGUCUCAAGCUGAGCACACAGAGCGUCAGAUUAAACAGCAGUUUGAGAAGCUUCAUCAGUUUCUCAGAGAUGAAGAAGAAGCUACAAUCACUGCACUGAGGGAGGAAGAGGAGCAGAAGAAGCAGAUGAUGAAGGAGAAGCUGGAGGAGAUGAACAGACACAUCUCAACUCUUUCACACACAAUCAAAGACAUGGAGGAGAUGAUGAAAGCCAGUGACGUCUGCUUUCUGAAGAAGUUUCCAGUCUCAAUGGAAAGAGUCCAGAGCUCACGGCUGGAUCCACAGAUGGCUUCUGGAGCUUUGAUUCAUGUGCCGCGAUACUUGGGCAACCUGCCGUUCAGAGUCUGGAAGAAGAUGCAGGACAUCGUCCAAAACACUCCAGUGAUUCUGGAUCCAAACACGGCUCAUCCAGAUCUCAACCUGUCUGAUGAUCUGACAAGUUUGAAAUGGAGCUGGAUCAAUCAACCUGUUCCUGACAAUCCAGAGAGAUUCGACUGGUAUCCAUGUGUUCUGGGUUCAGAGGGGUUCAACUCAGGAACACACUGCUGGGAUGUGGAGGUUAAAGAGAGUUCAGACUGGAGUCUCGGAGUAACUACAGCAUCAAACCAGAGGAAGGGACGUGAUUUCUUCAACACUGAUGUCUGGUGUUUGUGGUUUGAUCAGUACAGCCUGUCUGAACGGUUUGGCUUUCGUGUUUAUCAGCAGCUUGAUCGUGUGAGAGUGAAUCUGGACUAUGACGGAGGAACAGUGUCAUUCUCUGAUCCUGUAACUAACACACAUCUACACACAUUCACAACCACCUUCACUCACACACUCUUUCCAUUCUUCUGUUGUUACACUAUUUUCACUCUGAGGAUCUUACAUUUCAAUAGUCAGUAAAUGUUAAUCCUUCUUUCAUAAUUUUUCCAAUAUUUAACCCGUAUCACAUGAGUAAUGCUGAGCUCACACUGCACCAUUUUAGGUCCAAUUUUCAGAAUUUCAAAAUUGAUUUCACUGCAAAUUCGGAUCGCAAGCUUCUUGCAGGCUAUCAUUUUCCUUAUCACUUCUCGCAUGUGUUUGGUUUGGUUGUGAAACAUAGUUUUUGGACCAGACAGAGUUGUCUGCGAUUCUUCCGACUGUAUAGGAAUUCUUGUUGAAACCCCCUGUCGCGAUCCAUUGUGCAAUCAAUGUGCACACAGCAGCGACUGAAUGCUAUGCCAUUAAGUUGUGCAGUGUGAAAAGACUUUGAAAAUCAUGCAGCGUGAACUCAGCAAAAGAGUGCACUUGAUGGCUGUGAUUGGACAGGGCUGAUCACAUGACUGAUAUCCAGCACUCACUGCAACGCCAAUCACACUCUCAUAUUGCUUUUAGAAACAUCAAUUUGGAAUGAGUGGGAACACUGAAUUUUUUUGUUUUUUCUUUUUUCAAACUAAUUCUCAACUUGCUUGGGUGAGCAGUGAGACAGUGUGGCUUUACUGACAUCUAGAGGUAAAAUUGAGCAACUGACUCAAAACGGAUAAUGGAUACUUUACUACAUGACAGUCAACAAUAUUAAGAAACAUUUCAGCUAAUGUUUCUCUGCUGGAGGAUGGAUUUAUUUAUUUAUUUAUUUAUUUAUUAAAAAGUGUAAUUGAAUUGAAAA